GAAUGUCUAUCUACACCAUCUAUAUGUGGUCCAAACUCCACCUGCAUCAACACAAUUGGAGGACACAACUGCUCCUGCUGGAGGGGAUUUACUGCAACCAAUUCAAAUCUGCUUGUCAGCGUUAGUAACCCAUGUACUGAUGUGGAUGAAUGUACUGGGAUUCCUGGAGUGUGUGGACCAAAUUCAAACUGCACCAAUGUUAUAGGAAACUACAGUUGCACAUGCUUGAGUGGAUACAAUGUAACAAAUUCAUUUAUGCCUAUCAAUAUCAGCAACCCAUGCAGAGAUGUGGAUGAAUGUACUGAGAUUCCUGAUGUGUGUGGUCCACAUGCAAACUGCACCAAUGCUGUUGGAAACUACAGCUGCACCUGUCUGAUUGGAUAUAAUGUGACAGAUCAAUACUUUCCCAUCAACAUCAGCAACCCAUGUAGAGAUGUGGAUGAAUGUACUGAGAUUCCAGGAGUGUGUGGUCCAAAUGCAAACUGCACCAAUGCUGUUGGAAACUACAGCUGUACAUGCCUGAGGGGAUAUAAUGUGACAAAUCUGCUCAUGCCUAUUAAUAGCAGCAAUCCAUGCAGAGAUGUGGAUGAAUGUACUGAGAUUCCUGAAGUGUGUGGUCCAAAUUCAAACUGCAGCAAUGCUGUUGGAAACUACAGCUGCACAUGCCUGAGAGGAUAUAAUGUGACUAAUCCAUACUUUCCUAUCAGCAUCAACAACCCAUGCAGAGAUGUGGAUGAAUGUACUGAGAUUCCUGGUGUGUGUGGACCAAAUGCAAACUGCACCAAUGCUGUUGGAAACUACAGCUGCACAUGCCUGAGAGGAUACACUGUGACAAAUCUUUCCUUUCCUAUCAAUGUUGGCAACCCAUGCAGAGAUGCUGAUGAAUGUAUUGAGAUUCCUAAUGUGUGUGGUCCAAAUGCAAUCUGCACCAAUGCUGCAGGAAGCUACACUUGCACAUGCCUGAAUGGAUAUAAUGUCACAAAUCCAUACUUUACUAUCAACAGCAGCAACCCAUGCAGAGAUGUGGAUGAAUGUGUUUCUGCACCAUCUGUAUGUGGAUUAAACUCCAGCUGCAACAACACAGUAGGAGGAUACAGUUGCUUUUGCUGGGAUGGAUUUACUGCUACAAACUCAAGUCUAGCCGUCAACAUUACGAACCCGUGUAUAGAUGUGGAUGAAUGUCUGUCCACUCCAUCUGUUUGCGGUCCAAACUCUACCUGCACCAACACAGUAGGAGGAUACAAUUGCUCGUGCUGGCUUGGAUUUACUGCAACAAACUCAAAUCUUACUGUGAACAUUACUAACCCUUGUACAGAUGUGGAUGAGUGUCUGUUCACACCAUCACCUUGUGGUUCACACUCCACCUGCAACAACACAGUGGGAGGAUACAGCUGCUCUUGCCGUGAUGGAUUUGCUGUUCCCAAUGCAAAUCUAAAUGUCCGCAUUAGUAACCCUUGCAUUGAUAUAGAUGAAUGUCUGUUUGCACCAUCUGUAUGUGGAUUAAACUCCAUGUGCAACAACACAGUAGGAGGAUACAGUUGCUCUUGCUGGACUGGAUUCACUGCAGUAAACUCAAGUCUAGGUGUCAGUGUUAAUAACUCCUGUGUAGAUGUGGAGGAAUGUUUGUCUGAACCGUCCAUUUGUGGUCCAAACUCCACCUGCAUCAACACAGUAGGAGGAUACAGCUGCUCUUGCCGGUCUGGAUUUAACAUAACCAACUCAAGUCUAAGCAUCAGUGUUAAUAACUCUUGUAGUGAUGUGGAUGAAUGUCUGUUAACUCCAUCUGUAUGUGGUCCAAACUCCACCUGCAUCAACACAGUAGGAGGAUACAAUUGCUUUUGCUGGAAUGGAUUUACUGCUACAAACUCAAGUCUAAGGGUUAACAUUAGUAACCCUUGUAGGGAUGUAGAUGAAUGUCUAUCUACACUAUCUGCAUGUGGAUCAAAUUCCAACUGCGCUAAUACAGCAGGAGGAUACAGUUGCUCUUGCUGGACUGGAUUUACUGCAACCAGCUCAAACUUAACUACCAGCAUUAUUAACCCAUGUAUAGAUAUAGAUGAAUGUGCGCUUGAACCAGCUAUUUGUGGUCCACACUCCAUCUGCACCAACACUAUAGGAGGAUACAACUGCUCUUGCACGGGAGGAUUUACUGAAACAAACUCAAGUCUGAUGAUUAGCGUUAAUAACACUUGUAGAGGCAAGUACCUACAUAUAAAUGUUCUGUCACACUGA